CCUGAGCCUGCCUAUUGGCUUCUGCUGAGGGGAAGGGUGGGUCUUGGAUUGCUUCGCUUUCUGAUUGGCUAGCUGUACAGAUUGGCAGGUCCCAGCAGGCUAUGCGUGAUAGACCCAGACAUGGCGCAGGCGGGAAAAGUGGCCUUGGGCCUUGGCCUUCCGGGAGGAGAAGCUGCACAGUGGCCACUGCAGCGGUAUGGCCGAUUCAUGCUGUUGGGUACCGGAGAGCCACCUGGUCCUGGCUCAGAAGUUGAGCAGAGCGCUUCCACCACGUGGAAGGUUUUUGAUUCCAAUGAAGAAUCUGGGUAUCUUGUUCUCACCAUAGUUAUAUCCGGUCACUUCUUCAUUUCCCAGGGACAGACACUACUGGAAGGCUUUUCACUCGUUGAUAGCAAGAACUGGUUGAAGAUCGUAAGACGCAUGGAUUGUCUGUUGUUUGGCACAACAAUAAAGAAUAAGAGCCGCAUGUUUCGCAUACAGUUUGGUGGGGAGUCCAAGGAACAAGCGCUGGAACACUGCUGCAACUGUGUGCAAAACCUGUCCCAGUAUGUAACUGUUCAGAUGCCCGAGGGAAUCAUUCAGGAGCUCCAUCCAAGACCUGGCCCAUGGGCAGGUGGAAGCCAAGGGAAGGACUGUGCAAAGAGGUCCCCAGUGCAGCAUGGGUCCCACCAGAACAUGGAACAGCAGAGGUGUGUGGCAGCCAGCACAGGCACUGCAGAGGAAAGGACCUCAGUGAUGCAAUUAGCUCAGUCUAUCCUGGCAUCGGAGGAGCUGCCCUUUGUUUAUGAACAGUCUGCCUGGGGUGUGGAAGAGUUGGGCCCCUUUCUACGCUUGUGCCUCAUGGAUCAAAACUUCCCAGCAUUUGUGGAUGAGGUAGAAAAGGAACUUAAAAAGCUGACGGGGUUAAGAAAUUAAUGUUCUAUGUAAAUGCAUAAACCUAAGGAACUUCUAAAGUAUUGAAAAAUGCUUUCUCCUAAAAAGUUAA